CCUUGUUCCAUCUCUUCUCUUUCUUUUACAAAAUGGAUCAGGAUGUUACUAUAAAGGAGCUUUCUAAUGUGGAUGAAACAUCUUCAACUCAAGAAAUAAUACCACCGACACGUACUGAAGAACAACACAAAGAAGUCUCUCCUGACACUUCUUUGGAACCUCCCUCUGAUGACCAAGAGAAACAAACAACUUCAUCUAUCAAUCCUCUUGAUUCAAAACCACUGGAACAACAACAAUACAUCAACUCCCCAUCUUCUUGGCAAAUUCCUCCGAGUGCUUUUCAACAGAAACAACAACAACAACAACAACCAUAUGAACCAACAGAAUCACUAAAAUCUUUGGAAAAAACGACAAGCAAACGCGAUCGAUUAGAACAACGAAUUAAAGAAGACGAAGAAGAUUUGGAUGCUUGGUUUACAUUAAUAGCAGAUAUUCAACAAUCUGGUGAUUUGGAGGCAACUCGUGCUAUCUAUGAACGAUUUUUGAAGAUAUAUCCAACCUCGGUAAGCAAAAUGAUAAAUAAAUAAAUAUAUAUAUAUAUAUAUGUGUGCGUGUGUGCCUGCAGAGAAGAAGAGGGGUAUGUGUAUAUAUAGGUUAUGGAAAUGGAUUGAGUAGAUGGAUACGACAUGAUUUGGUGAAAUGUGCUUCACAUAAUACGAUACUGGACUUGGUGGUGGCUUCUCUUUAUUACACUCUUUUGGCAUUGGUAGUUAUCGGCACUUUCUCCAAUAAAUUUAUAUCCAUUAUCUAUAUUAUUUUGUCCUUUUUUUUUUUAUCUCUUUGUAUAUAUCAUACAUUUCGCC